AUGAGGCGCAUAUUCGGGGCCAAGAAACCCGCAGCACCCGUGCCGACCCUUGAUGAAACCAACGAACGACUAAGCACACGGGGCGAUAAGACAGAUGAGAAAAUCAGGGCACUUGAUGAGCAGCUAGCAAAAUAUAAAGAGCAGAUCAAAAAGACGCGUCCAGGGCCGGCGCAAGAUGCAAUCAAAAGGCGCGCGCUGCAGGUCCUAAAGCAACGGAAGCUGUACGAGAGCCAGCGUGAGCAGUUGUACCAGCAACAGUACAACAUCGAGCAGACGAGGUUUACGGUAGACUCCGUCAAGGACACCGUGUCGUCGGUACAGGCACUCAAGGCCGCGUCCAAAGAGAUGAAGACCGCAUUCAAGAAGAACAAGGAGCUGGAUAUCAGCUAUAUUGAAAACAUGCAGGACGAGAUGUUCGACAUGAUGGUGGGUGGGUGGGUUGCCGAUCCAAAAGGGGCAGG